AUGAAGUGGUCCUCUUUGAUCAAAGCUCUGUCCUUGACGGCGAUACCAGCUGUUGCUGCUCCUUCAAGCGGUACCAAUAACCCCGCAAGUGUGGUCAACAAGACUACCUGCGGAGGCACCACCUACGCUUACACUGGUUUGGAGGGUUAUGGGUAUAUCGAGUCCAACGCCCGCGACAAAUACGGUGAUACCCUGGCUGGCAUUGGUAGCUCUGCCACCCUUGAGAGGGGCUCAUGGCGCAAGAAUGGCAAUGGCUCGUACUCGGGUAUCUUCUAUCUUCUUCCAGACCGUGGGUGGAACACAAAUGGAACCCUAAACUACAACCCUCGUAUUCACAAGUUCGAGCUUACACUGGCACUUGCACCCCACGCUUCUGCGAAGAACCCCUCUCAGCCGAACUUGGGAUUUGAGUAUCUCGACACCAUUCUCCUCAGCGAUCCAACCGGCCAGCCAUUGACAGGCCUCGACGCAGAUGUAAAGGGCUACGCCUCAUUUGAGGAGCUUCCUCCCCUCCCUGUGGCAACGUACGCUGGAAACGGUUUUGGUGGCUCUGGUCCUGGUGGCAAGCGCGUCUCUGUCGACUCUGAGGGGCUGGUAAUUGACAAUGAGGGCUACUUCUGGGUCUCCGAUGAAUAUGGUCCCUAUGUAUACCGAUUCGACAAAAGCGGAAAGAUGGUCCAGGCCAUCCAGCCACCAGACGCAUAUCUCCCCCGCCGCAACGGCACAAUAUCCUUUAAUGCUGCAUCGCCACCUCUCUACGAUCCCGAGCAUGUGACGAACCCCGAGGACCCUAAGACGGGCCGCAACAACAACCAGGGCUUCGAGGCUCUCACACUCUCCCCUGACGGGAAGACUCUUCACGUCAUGAUUCAAUCUGCGCUGAACCAGGAAGGCGGACCAAAAAAGAAGAACCGCCAGCCUGCGCGUGUUCUCGAGUACGAUAUCUCCAACCCCACCAAACCUCUGUACAAGCACGAAUACGCCGUCGUCCUCCCCAAGUUCGUUGACUAUACCGACGAAGAUCUAGAUGAAAAGGUCGCUUCGCAGUCCGAAAUCCUCGAGCUCCCAGGAACCAGCGACUUCCUCAUCCUCUCCCGCGACAGCUUCGGAGGAGGCUCAGGGGAUAACCUCUCUGUCUACCGCCAAGCUGACAUCUUCUCGAUUUCCAACUCAACUACUGACCUAAAGGGCGCGAAAUAUGACUCUGCAGGCGGCUCCAUCGCUGAUUCCAAGGGGAACUUGAACAGCGAUAUCACCCCUGCCGAGUACUGCCCCUUCCUCGACUAUAAUGUCAACUCCGAACUGGCUAAGUUUGGUUUGCACAAUGGUGGUGAACAAAACGAGCACUUGUUGAAUGAGAAAUGGGAGUCUCUAGUCCUUGUCCCUGUUGAUCCUGAGAUCAAACACAAGAGUAAGGGUGAGAAAACGGAGUACUUCCUCUUUACUUUCAGUGACAAUGAUUUCAUUACUCAGGAUGGGGCUAUGAAUUUCGGCCGUCUGCCCUACGCCGAUGAAUCCGGCCUCAACCUUAACAGUCAGGCUCUCGUGUUCAGAGUAGAGUUCUGA